AUGGCAUGCAGUAUAGCAACGAAUGGCAACGACAUAGGCUCUUAUAGAAGAUACACAGCUACACCGGAGCACUACUCCCGGACUCGUUUGAUAAGUUUGAGCGUUUUCGCUGUAGCCAACAUCAUAUGCUAUUACUGUACUGAUAAUUAUUUGAAUUGGACGACGCACAAGAAAAUCGCGAUCAGAGUUGUCUUUUUCGUAGUACUGCUGUGUCUAAUUCGUGACCCAACAAUUGAGACUCUGCAGGUAUUCAGAGGUGCAGGCGUUCAAGUAGGUACUUUGCACGGAUGUAUAUUGUUGCCGAAGGCUCUGAACCAAAGAUGGCUGGAACAGUCUUAUUUCAUGCCGCAAGAUACUGUAGUUGACAUUGUCAUCAACGAGGGGUUUUCCAAAGGGUUCCAAGUCAUUUUCUACCUAGUCAUUCUCAAGGAUUCUACCGAUCUACAAUUGGUCUUUCCAGUAUGUUGA